CAUCGGCGUGUUGGCCGCCCUGCUCUCUCUAGAGUCUAGACAGUAGACACCUGGACGGACGGUCGCGGGCCGCGCCAGGAAAUCCCUGAGCCCAAACCCAACAAAUCUGACCGGCGACUCGCGUACGCCGACGCUCUCACCGCCCCCCACCAGACGCCACGACUAGACCCGUUCCGGGGCGCUACACUACCAUUUGGUUCCCUCGUUUUUAUACCUCCGCUCCCCGCGCUCCCACGAGCCCACGACGACCCUGUCGUCCAAACGCAAAACAAAAACGGCACGCCAAUGCCGACGACGAAUACGAAGCCGAGCCGCCAUGCGCUCGCGCUGCCGCUGCUUCUGCUCCUCCUAAUCGUGGCCGGCGCGGCCGCGCAGCCGAACGACUGGCGGGACGACAGGAGCGACGACGACGACGACGGCAGGAGGCAGCCGCCGGGCCCGAGGGCGAGGCAGCCGCCGCCGCCGAGCUUCAGCACACCCAUGGUGGUGCUCCUGGUGGCGCUCAUCGCCGUCUUCUUCUUCAUCGGCUUCUUCUCCAUCUACAUCCGCCAGUGCGGCCGUGGGGGCGCCUCCUCCGGCCCCGCCAUCCCUGCCGCCGCGCUCCUAGCGCUGUCACGGCAGGAGCAGCAGCAGCAGCAGCAGAAUCAGCUGCAGCAGCGCAACGGGCUCGACCCCGCCCUUGUAGCCUCGUUCCCCACCAUGACGUACGCCGAGGCCAGGGCGCUCCGUGUCCGGGACGACGGCAAGGGCAAGGACGACAUGGCCGUGCUGGAGUGCGCCGUGUGCCUGAGCGAGUUCGACGACGACGAGGAGCUCCGGCUCCUCCCCAAGUGUAGCCACGCCUUCCACCCCGACUGCAUCGGCGAGUGGCUCGCCGGCCACGUCACCUGCCCCGUCUGCCGCUGCAGCCUCAAACCCGAGGAGCACGAGGAAGUGGAGCCAGCAGCCGCGGCUGAGGCCAACGUGUCCUCGGAGCAGCAGCAGGAUCAGGAUCAGGUGGCCAUCGACAUGAACGGCCAGGAGGAAGAGAGGAGAAGGGAAGAGGAGGAGGAGGCGACGGAGCUGGACAGGAUCGGGAGCCAGCGCCGCGCGAUGCGGUCGCGGUCAGGGCGGUCGAUCUCGCGCGCGCACUCCACGGGCCACUGUCACUCCCUCUCCCUCUCCGCGCGGCGGCCACGCGAGCUCGACCUCGAGCGGUUCACGCUGCGGCUCCCGGAGCAGGUGCGCAGGGAGAUGGAGGCGGAGAGCAUGCGGCGUGCGGUGGCGCGGGACGCCCGGAGCGCGCGGAUCGGGCGGUCGGACCGGUGGCAGCAGCAGCAGCAGUCGUUCAUCGCCAGGACCUUCUCCUCCUCCAGGGUGCUGUUUUGGGGGGCGGCGGCGUCGAGGAGGGCUCCGCCGGACGCCGAAGCAGGAGCAGGAGGGGUGCUGCCGGCGGGCUCUACGACGACGAUGACGCCUGCAGCGACGACUACGGGGCAGGGGAGAGCCGUUCGUGAGAAGACGGGCGAUGGGUCCGUGGGUUCGGCUAAGAUGGGGAGCGUGCGCUUCGACUGCCUCGGCGGAGGCGGCGCCGUCGCCGACGACGACAGCGAGAACGAGGCGGAGGAGGAGAAGGCGAUCGUCCGGCGAGUCUGAGCUCAGGAGUCAGGACUAGGAAUUACCGUUGGAAUUAUUCGCCGUCCACAGUCCAAUUGCUCGGAUGGGAUGGUCGGCCGAUCAAACGGGCAAGACGCAGCGGCGCCGGCGCGGCACGUGUGAGCGCGCGGAUCGUAAUCAGGAAUUAAUGCGUGAGGAGGAUUGAAAAUGAGACGCCGCGGACUCAACACGGCCUCCUGCCCAUGUGACCUUUCUUGGAAGGAGCUCAUGCGCGAUUGCGCUUGCGCGUACGAAAAACGCGCCGCUAGAGAGAAAAUAAGAAGAUGGUGAUUUCGCCUUGUUGAAAAUGGCAGCCGACUUGUUCCUGUCCUUUUUCUUCUUCGUACAUUUAUUUUUUGGAGGGAGACGGGUAGCGUACAAAUUGUGCAAGGUGCAGUAUUUUCUUUACGGUUGAAUAAAGGGAGCGGAAUUGGUGUUAGUUUAUACAGGAGCAGCUGACCAAUGGAGCUGGAAAAAAAGAUGUAUUCGAACACGCUAUUUUAAUUACGGUUUUGCUAAUCAGAAGUCAUCUGAUUUUGAGUUAGAGAUAAGUCCGUUAGAUGUUGAAUUUGUAGAUGAACUUGGAGUUUUGUCGAUAUGGCAUGUGAGCGUGCUUGAAACGUAUUUUUUAAUGGAAA